GUUUUUUAACAACGAUGAAAUUAUAGAAAUUGUUCCUGUUUUAUUUCUGAUAAUGGCAAGUGUGAAUGGUGGAAUUCUACUGAUUGGGCUGCUUAUGUAUCAAGAAUUACCACGAGAGUCAAAUCAGGAAGAAACAAUUUCCAGCGAACUAACUACUGUGUACGAAACGUCAAGACAAUCGUGUGGUAAAGAACUUAGUGGACCAGUUACGAAAUAUUUGGACUGUAGAACAACAAUAAAUAACGGAAAAAUAUUUGAAUUAUUGGAAGAAGAUUCAGCCAAGGUGAACGUUGAUGACGAACAACCGUACAGUAAUGGUCAAGUUGAACUUCAUGUGUCACCAAAAGAAGCUCUUAAAAUGAGAGAAUUUUACCUUUUAUCCAUAGUUUGUAUUUGCUCAUGUUAUCCAUUCAUGUUUU